AUGUCAGACACUGAGACAGGUCCAAGCAAGGAAGUUAUCGCAGAGCGCGAACGCGAAGAGCGUGAACGCAAGGCAAAAGAGGACGCAGAACAAGCCACACUACCCUACAAAUGGACGCAAACGAUUAAAGAUGCCGAUGUGACGAUUCCUGUAGCGGCAAAUAUCAGAGGGCGGGAUUUGCAGGUAGAUUUGAGUAGGACUAAGAUCUUCGUCGGCAUUAAAGGCGGAGAGACGUUUAUCGAUGGAAUGUUCCCACACCCAAUCCGCGUCGACGAAUCGGCCUGGACCCUCGAGCCCACCUCCCAGCCCCCCGGCAAAGAAAUUUCUAUCCACCUCGAUAAAGUUAACCAAAUGGAAUGGUGGCCGCAUAUCGUGACGUCCGCGCCACGCAUUGACGUGUCGAAGAUCACGCCUGAGAAUUCAAAGCUAGGAGAUUUGGACGGUGCGACGAGGAGUAUGGUAGAGAAGAUGAUGUAUGAUCAGCGGCAAAAGGAGAUGGGGAAGCCGACGAGUGAUGAGGAGAAGAAGAUGGAGCUGUUGAGGAAGUUCCAGAAAGAGCAUCCGGAGAUGGACUUUUCCAACGCAAAGAUUGGUUAA